AACCAUUAGAGAAUUUGCGCCAGAACUUCCAGCAGACUCCACAGCUCAGGCGGCAGAGAUCUGCUCACGUAAGCUGCCGGUGUGGGCUCGGUGCACAGGCAGCACGAGCAGAGGGCACGCGCUUGUUGCAUCGCGCAGCUGAACAGCUCCCGCGCGCGUGUUGCGUGUUGUCGCUUUCUGGAGCGCAAACCAGGCGCCAGUUUUUACCGGUAGACCUCAAGACAAGAGGCACCUCGAGGGACAGCAUCUCUGUUCCUGUGCACGAGCAGAACAUCUUUUUCGCAGGGCGAUGACAUCGGUUGGAUAGAGAAGCGUCUAUUGCAGCAUCUGGUCAUAUCGUAAAGAAGCGUCAUAUAUGAAUGCAUAUGUACUGAGUUUCGGGAUUGUGUUGAAGGAGAAUGCAGCAGCGAGAUCAGUGUCACUGACCGGGGCUGUUUCCGGUUCCUAAGUGGCUGGCUGGUGUUUCCCCAUCAGCAACUGCAUGGGGAAAGCGGCACACACAGAUGGCAUGGACACUUGCGCAAGGUCUGCCGCUCUGCCCUGCUACCGGAGCCUAUUCGCACUCAGUCCCCCACCACCCUCUCCUGUGUCCUCGCCCCUCGUCAGCCCAGAGAGCACUGCAGCACCGCCACCGGCCGCUCCAGAGCCACAGCAGACGGCAUGAGGAGUCUUGGUCCGGUGCAUUUCUCCAUGCUCGUCAUCGGGGUCUCCUUCGCCUGCUACGCCCCGAGUUUGGAUUCUCUGCAGGACCAGGCUUACAGAUCGGCCGUGGUGAUCGAAGGCGAGGUGAGCGCGCUGCCCGUGAACGUCUCCGUGGAGCCCUACAGUGUGAAUGUCAAAGUGCUGGACGUGUGGCCGGUGAACAGCGGCGGGCUGGAGCGCGAUCAGCUCGUCACCGUCGGGGAAUUCGGCUCCGAGGCGCCGUGCGUUGCGGUGGAAAAGAACCACAGAUAUAUCUUUUUCAUGGACCCUACAGAGGAGCCUUUAGUAUUCAAAGCGUCAUUUGCUCCUUUGGACACCAAUGAGAAAAAUCUCAAAAAAGAUGUGGAGAGCAUAUUGUGUGAAGACUGCGCAUCAGCUCCGAAGGUGAAGCCCAUGGAUUCUCAGUUGCUACUGGAAGGUAGAAAGCUGACUCUGAAGUGUGAUGCCACGGGCAAUCCAAGCCCCUCCUUCAACUGGUACAAAGAUGGCAGCCAGCUCCGCAAGCGAAAAGACGUCAAAAUCAAAUCCAACAAGAAAAACUCAAAGCUUCACAUCAAUAGAGUGAGACUGGAGGACUCUGGGAACUACACCUGUGUGGUAGAGAACUCACUGGGCAGAGAGAACGCCACCAGCUACGUCAACAUCCAAAGCAUAACCACCACACUGUCUCCGGGCUCAAGUCAUGCCAGGAAGUGCAAUGAAACAGAGAAGACAUAUUGCGUUAACGGUGGCGACUGUUAUUUUAUAAAUGGUAUAAAUCAGCUGUCCUGCAAGUGUCCAAAUGAUUAUACCGGUGAACGCUGUCAAACCUCCGUUAUGGCCGGUUUCUACAAGCAUCUUGGAAUUGAAAUCAUGGAGGCGGAGGAGCUGUACCAAAAACGUGUGCUGACGAUAACAGGCAUCUGCGUGGCACUGCUGAUUGUUGGCAUCCUGUGUGUGGUGGCAUACUGCAAAACCAAGAAACAAAGGAAGAAGAUGCAUAACCACCUGCACCAGAACAUGUGUACAGAGCAUUCAAACCGUAUGCUGGCCAAUGGACCCAACCACCCAGGCCCUGUCCCAGAGGAAAUCCCCAUGGUGGAAUAUAUAUCAAAGAAUGUACCAGCAACUGAGCGAGUAAUACGACAAGGAACAGAGACAUCAGGCAAUUUCUCAGGCAGUCAAAUGUCAUCGAGAUCCCACCACACUUCCACAGCUUCUCACGCUUCCAGUCACCGACAUGAGGAGCGCACAUGGAGUAUGGAACGGACAGACAGCAUACACUCUGACUGUCAGUCAGGGCCACUGUCUUCUUCCAUUGGCACUAGUAAAUGCAGCAGCCCGGCGUGUAUGGAGGCACGUGCUCGCCGUGCAGCAUACUUUGGUUAUCCUGACACUCCACAGUGCCCCCUACAGUAUGGAGACUCUUACGACUCCCUGAGGGAUUCACCACACAGUGACAGGUAUGUGUCCGCUCUGACCACGCCGGCACGUCUGUCUCCAGUGGACUUCCACUCCUCACUGCCCCCGCAGGUGCCUACCUUCCAAAUUACCACACCCAACGCCAACCAUGCCCUCUCCCUGCCGCCCGCCACCUCUGCUGUUGCCAUGGGAGCCUAUUCGCCUGAUGACAACCUGCCACUGCUGCACCAUUACCGGCGCUCCCGUCGGCCAUAUUAUGCGGCAGAGAGCACAGGCUCCCUCCCGUCCAGCCCGUAUCGCUUUGUGGACGAUGAGGACUACGAGACCACGCAGGAGUACAUGUCCUCACGAGAGCAGCCAAAAAAGAGCAACACCGGCCACCGUUGGCACAGGAGAUCGCAACACAACGGACACGUAUCGCAGCACGCAUCAGGAUCCAGGAACUUCAGCUCGCAAAGUUGCCUGUCAGACAGUGAGUGGGAGGAUGACGAGGUAGGCGACCUCGGCCACGGCGAGAGCACACCGUUUCUCAGUAUGCAGAACAUGAACACCACCGAACCAGUCACCAUAUGCCGUCCCAAUGACACACGGACUUACAGCAACACAGGACGAUCUGGUUCCCAUGGCAACGUGCCGACGAACAAACUGUCACAGUCUAGGUCCAGACCGAACAAUGCACCCCUUUAAAAAAGUCUAACAAAACAAGGAUGAACAAAUGUAUCUAGAAGUGAAAAACAAAUGAUAUGCUAUAGACCUGCACCUACAAGAAAUAUUUUUUAUUUUAUAUAACAGACAGAUAUUCUAAACAAAUGAAAUAUUUAUUUUCAUUUCAGCAAAAAUUGUCUACUUGCUAGCAGCAAAGAAUUUUUUUAUAGGGGGAAAACUAUUUGUAUGUUAUUUCAUUUUUUGAUUUACAGCAUUAUGAAGAAGAAUUAUGUGCCAAUUUUUUCACGAGUUAGAAAUAGAAUAAUAUUGUGGUGCCUUUUGCUGUUUGCCGAUGAGGGAGGUUCAGUUGAGUUUUUGUAGCCUUUCUUAAACAGACUCUUGGGUUUUAUAGACAUGUUUCUCUGUCUUUUUAGUUUUUUUGUUUAUUCAGGAUCUCCCCAUUUGAACUGUGAUAUUAUUCAGACACCAUGCAAUAUCGAAUCACUUUUUGUGUAAGGUGUUUGUUUACAUGAGUAGGAUUGACAUCCACACAUAACAGAUGUUAAAACGCAACAGAUGCAGAUUCAUGUGAACACCAACCACACAGAGUGGUUCAUUCAUUCUGUGCCAACAUAAUCAAUCAGAUCACUGUUUGCUUUUGAUUUUUGUUCUCGUUUAUUUUAAUGUUUUUCUCAACUGGUCAUCGCAUAUUGUUUCCAUGGAAACAGAGUUAUGUAGGAGUUCACAGGGCAAGGCACUGGGUCACAGUAUUGGUCCUGGUGUUCAGGGUUUUCAAAAAUGGUGGUCUGUACGUCCAAUGAAUGUGUUUACACUUCUGUGAGUGUGUGAGAGUAGCGUUUGAAUUUUUAAUCUCAGUAUAUAUGUACGUAUCUUUGUGUACAGAGUAGUGGCUGCCUUUUUGUGUGAGGAAACAUUUAGUUUGUGCGUGUAGCAUUGUGUAUGUCUUCAGGUUAACGUUUUGAGUGUGUGUAUGUGUGUUUGUGAGUGUAGACAUACACCUAUGAGUACUAGUGUUCCUGUAAAUGUGUGUGAGUAUGCUUGUAUUCCUUUAUGAUGGAUGUUGGCUUUGUCAAAAGGAAACUAUUUUUCAGUUUUGUUUUUAAAUAAUGUUACACUAAUGGGUUAAAGGGAUAGUUAACCCAAAAAUGAAAAUUUGGUCAUUAUGUGCUUACCCUCAUGUGGUUCCAAACCCAUAUGGCGUUAUUUUUUCCAUGGAAUAAAGGAGAAUUCUUGAAGAAUCUUCAUGCAUCUCAUAAAAGUUCAAAGACACCAUAAAAGUACCAAAAGUAGUCCAUGUGACUUGUGCACUAUUUUCCAAGUCUCCUGAAGCCAUUCAAUCAUUUUUAUAUGAGAAACAGACUGAAAUUUAAGUUGUUAUCAGUUAAAAUCUUCCCUUCCGCUGCAGCCCUUAAAUCUCAUUCUCUAUUCCGCAUAUUCUCCAUUUAUGAAUCUGACACAGACACAAAUGAGAUCUCAGAGCUGUAAUGGAGAAACAUUAUGAUGAAUAACAACUUUAAUUUCAGUCUGUUCCACACAAAAAGCUAUCGUAUGGCUUUGGAAGACUUGGAAAACAACAAACAAUGGAAUAUGACACACCACCCCCCACUCCCUUCUCUGAGCUUCUCAGCCAACGUCAUUUAUGAACUGUUGUGGUGUAAAAAAUCUUCAGAAAAUGUAGUUUUGAGUUUGACGGAAAAAUAUCAGCAUACAGGUUAAAAUGACAUGAUGGUAAGUAAAUAAUGACAGUAAUUUUUGGGUGAACUAUACCUUUUAAACAACAGAGAGAGAGACAUGCUGGUGACUUUUCCACACCCUUGUGGUAAGAUGAGCUCAUUGCACUGUAAUCUUCCUUCCAUGUGUAGUCAUUGGCCGCAGUGCUGCCUGUGAGGGAACCAAUCCAGCCUGAUUCUAGCCUACAUGGACCUACAUCUCUCCCCUUAGCCCACACGUUCCCAUUCCUAUGCCAGCAGCUUUAAGCCGCACUGUGUCUCAGGACUUUCCAUCAAAAACUACAUUACCCAUAAAGCACCUGUCCUACUCGGAACAGAUCCAUUACUGCCAUUGUGUCCAUGUCAUGCUGGUGAGAAUAUGAAGGAUGAUACGACCAGCUGUGUUUGUCAAUGGUCCAUUGAUAUUUUUGUUAGCUUGUCUUUCUGUUUUGUUUUUGGUGGGGUAGUUCAAAGCUGUGUCCUCUCUUUUGACAUACAGUGGGGUCCAAAAGUCUAAGACCACUACUGCCCUACAAAGGCAAAGCACAGUAACUACACCAACACUAAAAGUAACUACGCUAACACUCAGUCUCAGUCUGUUUUCUCUGAAUCUGAGCAUAGUUUAGCCAAACCUGUCUGUCACAGAAUACUAGAUUUAACUCAAUUUUGACAAAAUUUGGAUUGACUGCAUUUUGCGUUUGCAAGGCAAAAAUGGGUUCAUUAGAAGUAAUUUACAAAUGCAAUAUAAAUCAUUGAUAUGUGGUUAUAACAACAUGCAUAAUAAGAAUGACUUUCAUGCAAUACUUGCCAAAUAGCGGGUCAGUUUACCUAAAAUGUUAUAAAUACUUAAUAACACUUAUUCAACAUUAGUAACCUAUUAAAAUGUGCCUAAAUGUAAAGUGGACACAUUUGAAACAUUUAUUAAGGAGUUGCCAAUAUUAUAAACUUGUAUAAAGUUCAGUAUGGUUUAAUGGUCAUCAGGCUUUAUUACAUGACAUGUGCUGUGAAUGAGCAUGAAGAUCUGAAAAGUAUUUUUGCAGAGGACUUUAGGUAACUAGGACUAGUUAAGCUGAACAGGACUCAGAGCAGCACCAUUCUUUUGACAUCAACAUGACAAGUGAGUCAAGACAUUACAAUAAUGAAUAUAAACACAAAGCGGACUGUGGCAAAAUGACAUAGUCCCUCCUUUAAAUCUCAGUACAAUAGUCUAUUUUUUUUAUUUUUUAUUUUUUUUAUUUUUUUGCUGCAUUUUGACAUAAAUCAUGAAUUAGUGCAUUUGAUGUUUUUGAUAAUUACAGUCUAAGCAUGAAUAAGCGUAUUAAUUAAGCAUUUAUAACAUGCAACUUAAAAUGCUUACUAUUUGGCAGGUAUUACAUGAAAGUCACCCUUUUGAUUCAUGUUGUUAUAACUGUAUAUCAAUGAUUUGUUUUGCAUUUGUAAAUUAUUUAUUAUUCAUUAAUAAACCCAUUAAUUAACCCUUAAAAAAGAGAAAAUGAAUGUGCAUAGUUACCAAAUGCAUCUAUUUUAAAUGUAUCUAGUCUGAUUGAUCAAGCGGCAUUCCAAGAGUGCUGAGAUUUAGUAUAACAGCGCAGCAUUGCUUCACUGUUUCUGUCACUCCAGAAACGCAAUGCGCACUUUAUGCAAUUACACUAUAUAACUGCCUAUAUUCUGUCUGAAAAAUAAGUUACUCUAUAUUAACUUAACAGAACUGGAGUAUAUAAUUAAUAUCACACUCGUAAAUUGUGGUUUUGUACUGAUUAUCAGGACAGCUGUGAUUACCUGAGUAACAAGGCAGCUGAUAUUCUAUACAACAGCACUCUUGUUUGUGUGAUAUUGCUUCAUUAUAUUGUAUUACAUAGUAUUUGGAAUGUCCCCUUUAUUCUUUAAUGACAGCAAGCUCUCGAGCUGACAUGGAUUCCUCAUGUCUGUGCAAAACCUAUUGAUCAUGUUAUCCAGCAUGACUUGAGAAUGUUCCAAAGAGCACCGUGUGUGCUUUAAUGGAAGCAAGGAAAUCUGACCUUUUGUAGUGAAUAUGGUCAAUGUCUCGAAUUUGCUUGUGAGCUGGAGCUGGAAAUAGUGUUUUAAGUCCUAAAACUUUGUUCUAAAGGUUUAAAUGUCUCAGACUUUUGAAUCCCACUGUAUAUCUGUAUGUAAGCUGGAGAUUUGCUCUAAGCAAUGUGUGUUUGGCUAUCACUAGACGUAGAUUAUAAAGAGUAAACCUCUCCUUUCAGAAUCCAACAAUCUACAAUACAUUUAAAAAGGCAAAUGACAAAAACCUACCUGCAUAUGUUCACUUGGACAUUUAGAUACACGCAGAUACACUUACACACACACACUUGCUCAAGAUUAAUUCUAUGUACUCACAUUUAAACACACUCAUUUAAAGUACCACUUGUCUCACUGAUUUCUUUCUUUCCUUCCUGUCUUUCUCUGUUUCUCCUGUUCUUCCUCCCUGCCUGUGAAGGCAUCUCUCCCUCUGCAUGUUCUAGUGGUUCAGGUAGUUGGAUGCAUGGUAACCGCAGCAACUGAGUCAUAUUUACACAGUAAAAGUGUAGUUUUUAUUUGACAUUCAGCAAUAAAUCCCCUUUUUCAUGUUCAUUCUUGACUUGGAAUAUGCUAGACAUUUUUGCAAGUUUUCUCAAAAAUAGUACUUGUAAAAAAAAUCACUUGUUCAUAUGGAAAAAUAAAUAAAUCUUAAUUCUUACCAUUUAAAAAAAAAACAAUGAAUUCAUUAGGAUGUACAGUAUGUCAUGUUCUUUUUUAUUUUUAUUAUUGUUUUGUUUGUUUUGUUUUUUGUUUUUUGUUUUUUGAUUAACAUCCUUUUCAGGGAAAUACAAUUUAAUAGCUGGAGAGAGCUAUAGUUUAGCUGGAACAUGCAACCCAAGUAGUAUGUGAACUGCAUGGUACCAUCUUUGCCCAUGAGUACUCAUGCUGCAUUCCAUUCAAAGUUGGAUGUGGGGUAUUCCUUCAUGAUAUCUCCGAUCUCCAACCAUAAAGGCAUUCCAUUGCCCGAUGCUCGGAAAGUGAUGUUUAAGGAAACAAAACUGCAAUGCUCUUACUAGCUUAAAGGGUUAGUUGACCCCAAAAAUGUCAUUGUUUACUCACCGCUGUUUUGUUAUAACAACAUAUGACUUUCUUUCUUUUUCUUAGCACAAAGGGAGAAAUUGUGAAAAAAAAAUAAAAAUAAUUAUGC